AUGACAGAAGAUUCCAAUCAUUUCGCGGACAUUGAGGCGGGUGGUUCGAAACCAUCUCAUUCUCAGUAUGAGGAACAACCUCAGUUUAACAAAGCCACGAACACACAGGUGGAAACGGGCACUCUCCAAAGACGUCUCAAGUCACGACAUAUUCAAUUCCUCGCUCUCUCUGGGGCAAUUGGCACGGGACUUUUCGUGGGCACCGGCCAGGUUCUGUCCCUGGCGGGUCCCUUGUCCGCAGUUCUAGCCUAUUUGAUUACAGGCUUCAACCUAUACGCCGUGAUCAACAGCAUGGGUGAGAUGGCUACUUGGCUUCCCCUACCUGGUGCUGUGCCGGUAUACGCCUCUCGAUUUGUCGAUGAGGCCCUCGGGUUCACUUUGGGUUGGAACUAUUGGUAUCAAUUUGCCAUUGGAGUUCCAAUUGAGAUCAGCGCAGCUGCUCUCGUUAUUGAAUAUUGGCCUAAUAAUAUCUCCUCUGCAGUUUGGAUCACGGUGCUUUAUAUGGCUAUAUUUGUCACCAACAGUCUCCCAGUCCGCGUAUAUGGUGAACUGGAGUUUGUUCUUGGCUCGAUCAAGCUGAUCACCAUCAUCGGUUUGAUGAUACUCAUGGUGAUCAUUACACUUGGUGGAGCUCCAAACCAUGACCGUAUAGGAUUUCGCUACUGGCAGCAUCCAGGUCCCAUGAACCAGUACCUUGAAGAUGGAUCCCUGGGACGCUUCUUGGCUUUUUGGAAGGUUUUCAUCCAGGCAACUUUUAGCUAUGGUGGAAGCGAGAUGGUUGUGGUUGCGGCAGGUGAGACAGAAAACCCUCGGCGCAACAUUCCAAAAGCUGUAAGACGAGUCUUUUGGCGAAUUGCUAUUUUUUAUGUUGGCAGUGUGUUUUUGGUUGGACUUUGUGUCUCAUCGCAAGAUCACAGGCUGCUCAAUGCGAUCGACGCAGGUGCAGCUGGCGUAGGGGCCAGCCCUUUUGUCAUUGCAAUCGAGAACGGAGGUAUUCUCGUGUUGCCAUCAAUCAUCAAUGCAGUUGUUCUUACAUCGGCCUUGUCGGCUGGUAACUCCUUCUUCUAUGCAUCGACUCGAAUAUUAUACUCGACGGCAUUGGAUGGCAAGGCUCCUCGGAUUCUUCGAUUCGAGAAAUUCGGAGUCCCAUACGCUUGUGUCGCCGUCACAGCUGCCCUAAGUCUCCUGGUCUAUUUGAAUGUUUCCUCAAGCUCAGUCGAAGUGUUCUUCUGGAUCAGCAACUUGAGCUCUGUCAGUACAUUAAUCGUGUGGACGUCGAUCGCUAUCACCUAUGUUCGCUUCUACAAGGGACUGAAACACCACGGCAUCCCACGAUCCGCCCUUCCAUUCCAGUCUCCCUUCCAGCCCUUUUUGGCUUAUUUUGCGAUUGUUUUCUCCUCGACUGUGGCAUUUUUCAAUGGAUUUGAUGCUUUCUUUCCUGGCCACUUCACUGCCAAGAGCUUCAUACCACCUUAUAUUGAUAUUCCCAUCUUCGUGUGCCUUUUCCUGGGAUAUAAACUCACCAAAAAGACAAAGAUGGUGAAGAUAGAGGAUAUGGACAUGAUAUCCGGAAAAGAGGAGGCCGAUCAAUUGGAAUCCUUAUGGGAAGAACCCCAGCCUCGCAACUUUCUUGAGCGAAUUUGGUUUUGGAUUGCCUAA